GGAGAGCCCAGGGUGAUCGUGGAUGGAGGACAGGGGCUGCCAGGCCGGAAAGGGGAGCCGGGCACACCGGGCAGCCCUGGCCCUCCUGGGAGCCCUGGCCCACGGGGGCCCUUUGGUGAUCCAGGCCCCCCUGGUCCACUUGGACCUGUCGGGCCACCAGGACCUCCGGGGGAGUUUGUGAAGGGGGAGAAGGGUGACCGAGGGGAGAGGGGCCUCCCUGGACUUGUGGAUGGGGCAGCACCUCGAGGGGAGCCCGGCCUCCCGGGACUGCCUGGGGACCCCGGACCCCGGGGACCUGCUGGGCCCCCCGGUCUGAAGGGAGAGAAGGGAGACAGCAAAGAAGGUUUCCCAGGGCUGCCUGGCCGCCCUGGGGACCCAGGAGACCGGGGCCCUCGGGGACCGCCGGGAGAGCAGGGCAGGAAGGGAGACCGUGGGGCACCAGGCGAGCUGGGAGAGACAGGCGAGAAGGGCGAGGCAGGAGCUCCGGGCCGCCCAGGGCCAUCGGGCAGAGAGGGAGCUCCAGGACCGGCUGGGCCCCGGGGGGAGAAGGUGAGGGCAAAGCAGGAUCCCAGCAGGGUGGGUGGCAGGGGGCUGCUGGGGAAGGGGCCAGCAAUAACACCCAUCUCUCUGCAGGGUGAUCCGGGAGCACCCGGCAAGCCGGCUCCCAGCGUGGCCGGUGUCGGAGGAGAGAAGGGUGCCCCUGGCCUGAGCAUCCCGGGGCCGGCCGGCCCCAAAGGCGAGCAGGGUGAUCGGGGUAUCGUUGGCCUCACGGGCAGGAGCGGCCCGAAG